AUGGGAUGCUCGUGGAGGCAGGAUCCAUGGCGGAGGGUCCAAGGAGGUAGCCUUUUGGGGCUCUCAGGAGGCGGUUCCAGCGCCAGGGUUGGAAAGCUCUCGCUUUGGUCCAAUUCCUCGCUUGCCGGGGCAGGGCUCCCGGUGCGAAUUCUGCGCCGGAGGCUAGAAUGACUCCUCGCCAGUCGGAGGCUGCAAAGCAGCAGCAGCAGCAGCAGCAGCAUCGUCCCGAGGAGGAGGAGGAGGACCCGAAGAGCCGGGCCUUGGCGGUGUCCCCUUCUUCUCCUCCGUCCUCCUCGUCCAGGGCCGCCCUGGAGCUGGCGGAGGCCCGUCGUCGGCUGCUGGAGGCGGAGAGCCGGAGGGCCUUGGUCUCGGAGCUGGAGAGGCGGGUGCUGCACCUCCACGGCGUCUUCCUGGAGGCCGAGCUGCGCCUGGCCGGGCGGGCAGAGAGCCUGGGGCGCCUGGCCGGAGGGGUGGCCCAGGCGGAGCUGCGGCUGGGCCCCGGCGCCCUGGCCGCCCUCCUCCGCAGGCCCCGGAGUGGCCUCCCCUUCCCCAAGAAGGGCGCCCUCUUGCGGCGCCUGGGAGCCUCCUCCUCCUGCCUCCCCUGCCAAGGGCCCCGCGCCCCGCAGUCGCCCGCCUUCGCCAGGAGCAGCAGGGCAGCCUCUUCGGAAGAGCCUCGCCAGGGAGACAGGCAGGCGGCGGGGAGGUGAUGAGGGCAAGAAGCCCCCGAGGGACUACACUCCCCAGCAUCCCCAGCACGCCUCAGCUGCAGAGGUCUGGACUACACUCCCCAGCAUCCACAGGCCAGACUCACAACAUGGGAAGGUGACAUCUUGGACUACACUCCCCAGUAUCCACAGGCCAGACUCACAACAUGGGAAGGUGACAUCUUGGACUACACUCCCCAGCAUCCCCAGCUCGCCCCAACUGCAGGGUCAGGAGCUGGAGGUCUGGACUCACAUCUGGACUACGCUUCCCAGCAGCCCCAGCGCCUGGCAACCUGGACUCAUCUGGACUAUACACAUCUGGGCUACAGUGCCCAGCAUCCCCAAGCUGCAGGAGAUGCAGGACCAUCAGGUGAGGACAGCAACCUAUUAAGGGAAGGGGACACUGUUGGACUACAGCUCCCAACAUCCCCAACCAUAGGAGGGUGAUCUACUAAGAGCUUGGGAAGAGGACACUGUUGGACUACAGUUCCCAGCAUCCCCAAGCUGCAGGAGAUGCAGGCGCAUAGGGUGAGGAUCUGGACACUGGACUAUAGACAUCUGGACUACAAUGAGCAGCAUCCCCAAGACAGGAGCUGCAGGUUCACAAGGCAAGGAAGGUGAUCUGAAGUCUACUAAGAGAUGCUUGGUCCCCUACUAAGAGCUUGGGAAGGGGACACUUUUGGACUACAGUACCUAACAUCUCCAAGCUGCAGGAACUGCAGGUACAUAGGAUGAGAAAGGCGAUUUGGACCCUACUAAUAGCUUGAGAAGGAGACAUUGUUGGACUACAGUUUCCAGAAUCCCCUGGCCAGAAGAACUGGCAGACUCACAGUGUGGGAAGGUGACAUCUUGGACUACACUUCCCAGCAUCCCCUUGUCUGGAGCUGUAAUUGAAUUGGCCAUUAGCUGAUUCACAGGGCGAAGGGGUUGAUUUAAAUCCUAAUGAGAGCUUUUGGACUACAGUUCCCAGAUUCCCGCUUCUAGGAGUUGUAGUCCAAUUGGCAGAAUCACAGGGCAAAGGGAGAAACCUCAACCUUCCUAAGAGCUUGGAAAAAGGCGACCUUUUGGACUGCAGUUCCCAGAAUCCCCCAGCCAGGAGCUGUAGUUCAAAAAGCAAUGUUUCCAAAUGCUCUUGGCAGCAGUUCCUCUCCCUGCAUCUAAUGCUUGAAGCCAAUGUGUCCUUUCUGACCCAUUGCACUGGCAGGAGGCUGGUCUGGAUGACCCUUGGGAUGACCCACAGUCCAGUGACCGCCAGAAGUUGCCGGUGCUUUAUGCUCAAUGCUUCUAGGAUUCAUUACUGUAUAUAUGAAAUAUACGCAGCAUCAUAAUUUAGGUCAAUAGCCAUUUAAAGUCACACUCUCUCAGCCUCAGCGGAUGGCAAUGACAAAUCUCCUCUGAACAAAUCUUGCCAGGAAAACCCGAUUAUAGAUUCUCCUUAGGGUUGCCGUAAGUCGGAAUGGCACACAAUAACCAACAAUAACAACACUGAAAGAUAAACAUUUUAGUGCUUUAAAAAAAUGUAAUACUCAAUAAUUCAUGCAUUGCGCUUCUAUGCCUCGCUCUGGUUAUUCUUUAAUUAGAGCUCCUUUGAAACGAUGCAUCAUUUAAUAUCCAUAAACUAACCGUCGUAAAGUUGGAUAAAUAGUCCCCACGUUGUCAUUAAAACUUGCACAUUUUUAUUCCCAUCUUUGACAUGUUAAGCAGACCUAGUGGUUUGAAUGUUGGGCUCGGACACCGAGACACCAACCAUGGAAGCUUAUGGUGGCUGGGGGAUUCUGGGAAUUCUCCAGAAGUCCAAAUAUGUCCACAUUCUGUCCUGAAAACUGUUCUUGAGGGAGUUAAAGGACAGAUGGGGGUCUUGUGGUGCUUGGUUUGCAGGCAAUGAGAACAGCGGCCAUCUGCUUUGCAGAAAUGUAUCUUCUUGCAUCCAAAUAUAUGCAGCUCCAGGUCUGGGAAAGCUUCCAGUUUGGACACAUUUCCGCUUGCACUAUUCCUAACCGGCCAGAUUUUAUUUUUAACCUCCCCUUUGACUUUGUCCUUCCUAUACUGCUUGAACUCACGGAUCUUUGAAUAAGGACAAUCCGAUCAUCUUCAUCAUCAUGAUCACCAUCGGAACAAACUGUGUUUUGUGUUGCUUUUGGUGUGUCUUCCCCGUUUCCUGCCAAAGAUGUCAGCUUGCAGUCACUCAUCCAGAGAGAGGGAUUUGCGACGCGGAGAUGGAGGUUUAUCCGAAUGUUGGUGGACGGACGUGACCUUCGCUUUUGCUCACUUUUUAUUCCAUAAGGACACAUCAUGUGCCAGUGGGAUGCUGGCCUUGCUUGGCUAUGGAUCUCAUCUCUGACUUGCCACCCUCGCACUUUGAAUCGCAGAGAUCUAGCUUCGAGAACGCUGCCUUAAUUUGUCCUUCUUUUGCAUAGGAACGCUUCCAUUUCCCAUCAAGGAAGAAUUUCUAAGGAACUGCAAACAAGCCAAAAGGGGCUCCUGAACUGCCUCAUCUCACCUGCUUGAACUAUUAAGGCCUUGAGGGCCAUGAAGAAGGAACUUGUCUACCAAUGAUUGUAUUCUAACUUUUCCAUCACUUCUCCAUUGCACUUAUGGACCUGAGUUGGGAGGUGUUUUUCUUCUUCUGAAUGCACAGGGUCUGAUAGACGUUUCUCAUGUUGAGAAUCUAUCUUGGGUCUGAACUCCAGUGCAGAGUUAAUGCAAUAUGACGCCGCUUUAACUGCCAUGGCUCAAUGCUGUGUAAUUCUGGGAUUUGUAGGGUUUUAAAAAAGAUAUUUAGCCCUGUUACAGACUGCCAAAAUAAAGCUGCUUCG